AUGCAGGAUAUAGAGAAAGGAAACUGGACAAGCAUCAGAAAAUUCAUCCUCCUGGGUCUGGGGACUUUUCCUGAGCUGCAGCCUUUUCUUUUUUGGUUCUUCUUGGUGAUAUAUCUGAUGACCAUAACUGGAAACCUCCUCAUCUGUCUACUUGUUGUGGCUGAUCAGCAUCUUCACACCCCAAUGUAUUUCUUCCUGGGAAAUUUGUCUGGCCUGGACACUUGCUAUAGUUCUAUCUUCCUGCCCAAACUGUUAGCAAACUUGCUGACUGGUGAGAAAACCAUCACUGUGCAUGGAUGCCUAGCCCAAUAUCAUUUUCUUGCACUUUGUACAACUAUAGAGACCUAUCUUUUAUCUGCAAUGUCGUAUGACCGCUAUUUGGCAAUUUGUAGCCCGUUGCUCUAUGCUAAUAUUAUGAAUAGGAAAUUCUGUUUCCAGCUUAUGGCCACAACAUGGAUAAAUAGUUUGAUAUUUAACAUCAUUCUGGUGGUUCUCAUGGUUCAGUUAUCCUUCUGUGGCCCUAAUGUCAUAGACCAUUACUUCUGCGACUUCUAUCCAGUGGAAAAACUGUCCUGUUCUGACACAAGUCUCCUUGAAAUCAUCACUUUUCUCAUGAGUUUUAUUUUUGUGAUUGUUCCCUUUCUCUUGACCCUUAUCUCUUAUAUCUGCAUCAUUGGUACCAUCAUCAAAAUCAAAUCCACCACUGGAAGACAAAAAGCCUUUUCAACCUGCUCUUCUCAUCUCAUGGUUGUUUGCCUCUAUUAUGGCACAUUAAUCAUUGUCUAUGUGUUGCCAGAUUCUCCCACCCUGAGACAUCUCAAUAAAAUAUUUUCCAUUUUUUAUACAGUGAUGCCACCUUUGGUCAAUCCCCUAAUCUAUACAUUAAGAAACAAAGAAGUUCACAAAGCCCUAAGACGACUUUGUG